AUGAUUCUAAGCAAGAGACCUCAUCUAAUGAUCCGUAAACUGUCGGAGAUGUUGGUUCCGGGAACCAGAUCUGCAAUUAAACCGGAGGAUUACACGGCGAGUCCAAGAAGUCCGUUAGAUUUGAAAUCUCCAUCACCGGUUAGCUCGAAGCGGUACGGUUCAGGUGGUGUCGGUUUAGGUAUCGUCGCUGCGUUGGAGGAAUCAAGCAUCGGGAUUAACCGGUACGAUCCGGUUCGGUACUCAGGGAGAUUCCGUUGUCCGGAGAUUGAUCUGUCGGAAGAGGAAUACACUUACGUGACGAGCCGAGACGGGCCGACCAAAGUGUAUUACAACGACGACGGGUUUGAAUUGUAUGAGAAUUCGUCGGCGGAGGAUGAUCGGAAAAAGAUGAAACCGAUGGUUAUCGCCGAUGAACUACCGGUUAUUAAAAGACAGGGUUUUAAGGAUUCGACAGAGUUUCUGAGCUCGUGUUGCUUGUGUAAGAAGAGACUUCAAGGCAAAGACAUAUACAUGUACAAAGGAGAGAUGGGAUUUUGCAGUGCAGAGUGUAGAUCAGUGCAGAUAAUGAAUGAGGAGAGAAAAGAGCAAAGUAAAUCGCAAGUUUCGAGAAACGUCGACGUUUCGAGCUCUCCUUACUCCGGUGAACAGAGUUAUUCCGCCGGAAUAUUCGUAUUUUAG